GCGAAGGCGUAUCUCUUUUCUCUGCCUCCCUCUUUUCUCUUGAAUGUGGUGAAGUCAUAUAUUUCAGACGAGGGUGUUUGGAGUAUUUACCUUGGCAACCUGCGCAGUGCACAGUGUACUGUGCUGAAGGGGAUUAGAUAAGAGGGGAAGGAGAGCAGCACAAGACAAGACAAGACAAGACAAGUGUACCAUUACUUACCUGAACGCGACGACACAAAGUAAGAUCAACAUGGCAAACAGGGGCCCAUCUUACGGUCUCACCCGCGAGGUACAGAGUAAGAUUGAUAAAAAAUACGACACGGAGCUUGAGGAAACGCUGGUGGAGUGGAUCGUGGCCCAGUGUGGACCUACUGUGGGCCGGCCAGAGGCAGGCAAAUCCGGCUUCCAGGGAUGGCUAAAGAAUGGAUGUGUGUUGUGCGAGCUCAUCAACAGCUUGAAUCCAUCCAACAAGCCCGUAAAGAGCAUCAAGAAUUCCAAAAUGGCCUUUGGGCAAAUGGAGCAAAUCUCCUUGUUCCUUAAUGCAGCAGAAAAAUACGGAGUCACAAAAAUGGACAUAUUCCAAACUGUUGACCUUUUUGAAAGCAAGGAUUUGGCGGCUGUCCAGAGGACUUUGGCGUCUCUGGGUAGCUUGGCUGUCACAAAGAAUGAUGGGAAUUACAAAGGAGACCCCAGCUGGUUUCAUAAGAAGGCUCAAGAGAACAGGAGGGAUUUUUCUGACGAGCAGUUGAGCGAAGGCAAAACCGUCAUCGGCCUGCAAAUGGGCACAAACAAGUUGGCGUCUCAAGCCGGCAUGACAAGCUACGGGAGACCCAGGCAGAUACUGUAAUCAACAACUGAGGUCAAAAAGUGUUGUGAUGUUCCCUCUGCUUGGUGACAGACAGACCAGCCAGCAUAAAAUGGAGAAACUCUUCCACUUCCAGUAAAUCUUCAGGCCAGGAGGACCAAUGUGACCCGUCUGUUUUUCACACCAAACUGGACCAAAAAACGGGGACCAAAGCAACCGUGUGCACAUAACGUCUACAUAUGCCAAUAGAGUUUCACUGCCAGCGAAACAGCUAAAGUACGUCUUCUGCAAGGUUCAUUCCAAAAGCAAACAAAAAAUUAAUACUACAGCUGAAUGACAUUUAGGUUAAUUCAAUUUGGAGGUUUGAGGGGAUCAAAUCCAUCUGAUUCCACUACUUGUGGGCUUUACUUACGGUGCAUUCAAGGCAACUAAGCUGAAAUCAUUCCUUGCUGAAGCGCAACACAGAUGUGGCGG